AUGGGUGAAAACCAACAAGAUUUGAAAGAUUCAAGCCAUGAUCCCGAUGCGCUCAGCCGAUUUACUUCCGGCCGAUGGCUCUGGGGCGAGCGCCAACAGCUUGCAGCCCGACACGUCCCGUUUGAUUUGGCGAAGCUUCUGGCACUUGCUGCCACUGCCGUUGGAUCAAAGUCAUGCGUUCGAAUCGAGAAAAUCUCUGAAGGCCAGUACAAUAAGGUGUUCUCGCUCACUAUGAACGACGGCCGCGAGGCCAUCGCGAAAUUGCCAAACCCGAAUGCAGGCAGGCCACAUUUCACCACCGCCUGUGAAGUUGCGACUAUGGAUUUUUUGAGAAAUGUCCUCCACCUCCCGGUUCCUAAGGUCUACGCGUGGCAUUCCAGAGCAGCGGAGAAUCCUACUGGAGCAGAGUACAUUAUCAUGGAAAAACAGGCCGGCGUCAUAUUGAGCGAUGUUUGGGACGAUAUGAGCGGGAACGGGAAAGCCCACAUUAUCAAACAGGUUGUAGGUAUUGAACAGACUCUUGCGUCCACCAAAUUCAAAAGGUUCGGGGCUCUGUAUUACAAGCAAGAUCUGCCGUCCGAUAACGACACGCUAUUAUUUGUUGGCGGGACCGGAGAGAACAUACACAGUGAGAAAUUUGUUAUUGGGCCAACUAACCAUCGUUCAUUUUUUGAUUUUGGGAAAGGGGAGCUAGACAUUGAUCGUGGGCCAUGGUCCACAUUACCGGAAUAUUUAGUUGCCAUUGCCCAUAGAGAGAUUGCUUGCGUGAAAGCAAGUUUGAGAUAUCCAAUAAUGCCAGAAGGACUAUUUUACGGUCCCAGGCAAUACCAACCAAGCCCGUCCAAAAAACUGUCAGCAUUGCGCAACUACCUGAAGGUCUGCCCCCAUGUUUUGCCAGAAGAUCCCGUAACCCAUGAGUCGGUUUUAUGGCACGGUGAUUUGCAUCUGCAAAAUGUGUUCGUUAAUCCCGAAGACCCAGCCCAAAUCCUGGGCAUCAUUGACUGGCAAUCUGUCAGUGCCUGCCCGCUUUUCAUGCAGGUUACCCGCCCUGGGCUUUUGGAUUACAGUGGCCCGCUCCCCGAAAAGCUUGCGCGUGUCAGCUUACCUCCUAACUUUGAUGAUUUAACUCCCGAUGAACAGCGGAAAGCGACGGAGUUGCACCAAGCGCAGACACUGCACAAUCUCUAUUUUGCCCUCACUUUGCAGCUCAAUAUUCCAGCUUUUCAGGCCUUUCAAGGACAAGAUACCCUCCUUCAUCAGGUUAGCGUAGUACCGGGGCUAACACUCACCGACUACGAACCGUGUCUCAAUAACCUAUUGAGAGAUGUCGAGAAAGAGUGGUCAAACAUUGUUGGUGCUGACUCAGAUGGUAGGCCUUUGGUGCCAUUCCCAUUGCAAUUAUCCGCUGCUGAAGUGGAAGAACAAAAACAUGAUGAAGAGCUAUGGGCUCAUGGUGUCGCACUCAUGGAAGAUUUUAUCAAAGAUACUGGCUGUUUUAAACACUGGGAUGGCAGGGUGAGCCACAAGGAUUUUGAUCUUUCGAAAAAACAGCUGGCUGAGGGUAUCGAGAGGUUCCUGAGCCGUGAGGCCAGGAACGAAGAGGAGAGGAAAGCAUGGCUCGAAGUUCUACCAUUUGUAGAUCAACACAAUACAGUAGAUUAG